GGGCGGGACCUGGGCGCCGGUCACGUGACGCGGGUCCGAUACUCCACUCCGAUAUAGGAUCUUUGGACGGGACAAGGCUUUGCUUCCGCUCAUCGCUGGCAGAUCAGGGUUUAGGAGCCGUUGCUGUGGACGGAGAGACGGGGACGUGAGCGGUCAUUGAGGGCAGCCAGGGUGCCAGUGAGCCCCCACCCCCUCUGCUCAGUGUGCGGGCGGAGCUUCGAUGGAGGACCACAUGACGGGGCACAACAAGGAGAAGCGUUAUGAGUGCGACGUGUGUGGCAAGGCCUGGCAGAGCCCGAGCCAGCUGGAGACCCACCGGCGGGUGCACACGGGAGAACGCCCCUUCGACUGCUCGGAGUGCGGCAAGAACUUCGCCAGCUACGAUAGCCUGCGGCACCACAACCGCGUGCACUCUGGUGAAAGGCCCUUCACCUGCUCUGACUGCGGCAAGAGCUUCAAGACGGCGACUCACCUGAAGAUCCACCAGCGGGUGCACACGGGCGAGAAGCCCUAUGGCUGCUCCACCUGCGGAAAGAGCUUUGCCCAGUUAUCGGGGCUGCGGGAGCACCAGCGGGUGCACAGCAGUGAGCGGCCCUUCACCUGCUCCGACUGCGGCAAAGGCUACAAGUCGUCCAUGGUCCUGAAGGUGCACAAGCGCAUGCACACCGGGGAGCGGCCCUACACCUGCAGCGACUGCGGCAAGGGCUUCAUCCGCUCCAGCUACCUGCUGGAGCACCAGCACACCCACACCGGCGAGCGCCCCUACACCUGCGCCCAGUGCGGCAAGGGCUUCACCCACUCCAGCAACCUGCUGGUGCACCAGCGCACCCACACCGGCGAGCGUCCCUACACCUGCACCCAGUGCGGCAAGGGCUUCACCCAGUCCAAUCACCUGCUGUCCCACCAGCACACCCACACCGGCGAUCGCCCCUGCACUCGCACCCAAACCAGCAAAUGCCCCUACACCUCCAGCAAGAGGCCCUUCGGCUGCUCCGACUGCAGCAAAGGCUUCAAGACGGCGCAGGUCCUGAAGAUGCACCGGCGGGUGCACACGUGUGAGAAGCCCCAUGGCUGCUCCACCUGUGGCAAAAGCUUUGCCCAGAUGUCAGGGCUAUGGCAGCACCGGCGGGUGCAUAGCAAUGAGCGGCCCUUUACCUGCUCCGACUGUGGCAAAGGGUUCAAGUCGUCAACGCACCUGAAGCAACACAGGCGGGUGCACGCCAGCGACCAUCCCUUCCCCAGCCCGGUGUGUGGAUAGCGCUUUGCCAUGGCCUCCCACGCCCUGUCUCACCAGCGUGUGCACACCAGUGGCCAGCCCUACGCAUGCCUAUACUGCGGUGAGGAGUUUGACAGCUCGCGGGGGUUGCGGCAGCACCGGCAUGCCCACGCCGGCGAGCGGCUGCUCCCACUGUGGCAAGCGGUUCAAGAGAGCACAGGGGCUGCGGGAGCACCAGCGGAUACACACCAGAGAGAGAGUCCCUUUGUGUGCGUUGAGUGAAGCAAGGGUUUCACCCGCAUGUCCAGCCUGUGGCAGCACCGACAUACCCACAGCAAUGAGCGGGUCGGCGAGUCCUCACCGGCCAGCGCCCCUUCACCUGCCCGCUCUGUGGCAACGCCUUUGCCCAAUCCACCAGCCUGCUGGCACACCACCAGGUGGAUAGGCGCUGUUUAGAUAAACACAAAAAUGCUGGAAGGAAUGGGCAACGUUUCGGAUCGAGACCCUUCUUCAGUCUCAUCCCGAAGAGUCACCCAUUCCUUCUCUCCAGAGAUGCUGCCUGUCCCACUGUUACUCCAGCAUUUUGUGUCCUUUUUUUGUAAACCAGCAUCUGCAGUUCCUUGGUUUUAAACCAUUCUGGUUAACCAUCUCUGCACCUUCCCCAAAGCCUCCACAUCAGUCCUGUAAUGGAGUGACCAGAACUGUAUGCAAUACUCCAAAUGCUACCUGACCAAUGUCCCUUAAAUCUGCACAAAUACAUUCCUCUCUAGCGAUAGUACGAUACUGCAAGGCUCUGUGCUGGGACCGCAGCUAUUUACAAUAUAGAUCAAUUAUUUAGAUGAAUGGAUUCAAAGUAACAUUGGCUGAUAUGCAGAUGACACAAAGCUUGGCAGUGUGAACUGUGAAGAGGAUGUUAUGAGAAUGCAGGGUGACUUGGACAGGUUGGAUGAGUGGGCAGAUUGAAGAACUGCAGCGUAGGUUUACAAGGUUAAUUCCCGGGAUGGCGGGACUGUCAUAUGCUGAGCGAAUGUAGCGGCUGGACUUGUACACUCUGGAGUUUAGAAGGAUGAGAGGAAAUCUUAUUGAAACAUAUAACAUUAUUACGGGUUUGGACAUGCUAGAGACAGGAAACAUGUUCUCGAUGUUGGGGGGAGUCCCAGAACCAGGGGUCACAGUUUAAGAAUAAGGGUUAGGCCAUUUAGAACGGAGACGAGGAAACAUUUUUUCUCACAGAGAGUGGUGAGUCUGGAAUUCUCUGCCUCAGAGGGCGGUGGAGGCCGGUUCUCUGGAUACUUUCAAGAGAGAGCUAGAUAGUGCUCUUAAAGAUAGCGAAGUCAGGGGAUAUGGGGAGAAGGCAGGAACUGGGUACUGUUUGGAGAUGAUCAGCCAUGAUCACAUUGAAUGGCGGUGCUGGCACAAAGGGUCAUAUGGCCUACUCCUGCACCUAUUGUCUAUUGUCUCUCUCUCCCCUUCCCCACACUCUCCCCUCUCCCUCCAUUCUCUCUCCACAUCUACUCGUACAGAAUUACUCUCCACCCCACCCUCCCAUGCCCCCCCUGCUCUCACACACUUCCUCGCUUGCUCCCUGUCUGUCCCACACACAACCUCGACACCCUUUCCCUCCAGUGCCCCUCCCAUGCAGAAAUAAAUAACCCCCCCUCCCCACGUCCCCUUCACCACUCUCCCACACCCCCUCUCCAUGUCCCACACAUCUCUCACACACACACUCCCUCCCUUGUUCUCCCUCACACACACUCUCUCUUUCUCACUCGCACUCCCUAUCUCUCAUGCACACACACUUUCUCUCACACUCCCCCUCUAUCUUGUUCUCUUUCUCGCAUGCACUCCCUCACUCC